UAUAUCUGCUUGUCCAGUGACUGGACCGUGUGUGUAUUCUGGUUAUUGCAUCAAAUUAGUAUGUCUCUGUCCUUCUCAACUGUCUUUUGAGAAGUGACGUUUCCAAUCCCGCUAACAACUUUACGGAGCCAUAUUGUUAUUGCCCGCAAAGUGCCCCACAGCUGCCGCCUUGCUACUGACAGAGGCGAAGUUGAAAGGGUGACAAAUCUGGAAUUUUUGUCUGGGAACUAGAGGUCACCCCAGCUUUACUGGCAUACGUUUUCUUUGCGAGGUGAAGGAAAGAUGGUGGACCGGCUGGCGAACAGCGAGGCGAAUUCGAAGCGCAUCGCGGUGGUGGAGGGCUGCUUCGGCACGGCGGGUCAGCCGCUGGCCAUCCCGGGCCGCGUGCUCAUCGGCGAGGGCGUGCUGACCAAGCUGUGCCGCAAGAAGCCCAAGGCGCGGCAGUUCUUCCUCUUCAACGACAUCCUGGUGUACGGCAACAUCGUCAUCCAGAAGAAGAAGUACAACAAGCAGCACAUCAUCCCGCUGGAGAGCGUCACCAUCGACACGGUGGAGGACGAGGGCGACCUGCGCAACGGCUGGCUCAUCAAGACGCCCACCAAGUCCUUCGCCGUCUACGCCGCCACCGCCACCGAGAAGUCCGAGUGGAUGAGCCACAUCGGCAAGUGCGUGACGGACCUGCUGGCCAAGAGCGGCAAGGCGCCGACCGGCGAGCACGCCGCCGUCUGGGUGCCCGACUCGGAGGCGACCGUCUGCAUGCGCUGCCAGAAGGUCAAGUUCACGCCGGUGAGCCGGCGGCACCACUGCCGCAAGUGCGGCUUCGUGGUGUGCGGCCCGUGCUCGGAGAAGAAGUUCCUGCUGCCCAGCCAGUCGUCCAAGCCCGUGCGCGUCUGCGGCUUCUGCUACGAGCAGCUGUCCCUCGGCGCCGGGCUGCACACGGUCCCGCGCGCCGACCCGUACGGACGCAACAACCUGUCCGACGACGACGACGACGAAGACAGCAGUGACUGAGAGACCGGCCGAGGGUCCGUUCCCACGUCCACCUCCCUCUGGUGACCCUCCUACCCCCCCCUUAGCCGCCCCAAAGCUGGGUCUCCACGAACAUUAAUCAAUGUCCACUCAGAGCUUGUUGACUUCAUUCUGCUCAUCCUCUUGCCCACUCUAAUAUACUUUAACUCUUCUGCAGCUCUUCCUCUUGCAGAACUGCUAUGAACUCUCCUGAUUCACUUCCAACAUGCUGUCCGUGCUGCAGUAAAUGUCCAAAACGAAUUGUUGAAGUCUACCAGCUGUGAGGACAGCAUCCCUUGUGCUGGUGGAUUAAUAAAAUAAGGUGCAAGUCCUCCAUAAAGACUAAAACACUAGGCGAAGCUUCCCUCCCGCCGCUUUACCCCUCGCGCCCUAACACUGCUCCAGCAGGCUGUGUGUCUCUCCGCACAGUCUCACUACAGGAGCGCCAUCGCUCACGCUGCCCUUUCCCACAGUCUCUCUCUCUUCUCUCUCUCUGUCCUCUCUCUCUCUCUCUCUCUCUCUCUCGGCAGACUCCAUCCAGCCUUUGGUGUGAGGCGGUGAGCAGCUUUCGUCCUCUCAGGCUUUUUUUUGCGUUCGUGCGUUUCUGUUUUUCGCUACCUUUGGACCUUACAUGGUGCGCAGCGGAUGCCGCCAUGCCGACGUCACGGCAGGGAAGAGCAUGGUGCUGGUGCUCGAGCACAGGCUGUAAAUAAUCUCUCGCGCUCAGCUUUUAGGCGUACGACGACGACGACAUUGAGAAGAUGCACUCUAGGUGUCUAGGUUCAGAAUCGGAAUCAGUAUUUUUGUACCGUCUACCUUCCUUUUUCUAGAACAGAGAUGCACCCCCACCCCCCCCACCCCCGUCUCCAAGAUACUUCCCAGUCAUAUUGCCUGGUAGUUUGCAUCCAAGUGCAUUUUAGUCCUGAAUAGAUAAUGCCAGUCAAAUGAAUACUUGCUUAAGACAAAUCAGUGUGUCACUUUGGAGACUGCUAGCUCUUAAAGUGUUGUGUGUGUGUGUUUGUGUGUGUGUGUGUGUGUGUGUGUGUGUGUGUGUGUGUGUGUGGUUAUUUUAUGCAGGUUCCCAAAACUAAGCCUAUGUCAAUGGCUUUACCGCCACUGUGCCUUCUGACCCUCCAGGGGAGCAAGUUUAUUCUUCUCGUUUUUCAGGGAAAGUCCAGUUAACAAAGUAAAAGUGAAAGCCAUGUUUCAGUCCUAGAAGAAUGGAGUCCAUGGACCACGGCACAACAUGACGGACGCUUACUUAUGUUUUACACACUCCUCUGUGUUGCGGCUGUAUAUGAUAUGGAUCUAGGAAUUUGAAGAGUUAUAGAUUACAAGUCUAUAUUUGAUAGCACAGUUUUAUGGAAACCCCUUGUCAGCUUUAUGUAAAUCAGCUGAAAAAAAAAAAAAAAAAUCAGGUUCUAGGCCUAACGUCGAGGAGAAAGAGGAAGAGAGAAUGCCGGCCUCUAGUCCAGAGAUGCACAGUAGUCUCUGCUGAUGGAUUUUGGAUUUGGAUUUUUAUUUGGAUCCCCAUUAGCCUGGUCAGACCAGCUAUUCUUCCUGGGGUCCUAUCAAUUAUUUGCUUACAUCAUAAUUUACAUAAAAGUUAAGGAUGGUUAGUUGUUGGUGUUGGUUACGUAGAUAAGACCCAUGGUGCUGGUGAUGGUUGCAUCAGCCGCAGAUGUCCUCCUCGUCCAAGCAUCUGGCACAGCCCAGGCCCCGCCGUGCCCUCCUGCCCAGCUCUACGUCACGUCCCGUCACCUCACAGGGCCUCUUACUCGGGAGGAAGUGAGCGUAGUGUCGGAGGAAGCGCCCGGUGUCUGUCCGAUUCGAAAGCCGUCCCUCUUUUCCCUCCCUUCUCCCAGCCAACCCCCAUCGAGUGUGUGUGAGCGUGUGUGUGUGUGUGUGUGUGUGGGUGAGUGGGCAGGCCUGUAAGUAUGUAUGUGAGUUUCUGUGUGACGCUGUGGUGAACUCGUGACUCUUCAAACAGGAAUCGAGACAUGCGAGCAGAUGUUGUUUUUGAGGAAGCAGCGUUGUGACACUCCUUGAAUUAAAGUCAACGCCUGAAUGCAUUACUACAGUGAUUAGGCCCGGUAUUACUUAACUCGUAAACCACAGGUGAAUGUGAACAUCCAGUACAAAUGCUUCUAUUAUCCUCAAAAAAGGAACCGUAACUGUGUAAAUGUCAUUAUCUACAAGCGAAAACUGACAUUGAAAAGGGAUACUUUGUGUUUGUUUUUAAAAUAAAGAGCAUUGACUGUUCGAACUAAUAUGCAAGAAGAAGUUUGCAUUAACACAGAACUGAUAUUUGCUGUCUACUUUUUACCAUGGAAACAGUUCUGUCAGCUUCUGCUUGUGCACACAAAACCUCAUGGCUUUUAAAAACUAAUUCAUAUGGGUUUACGGAAAUGUAUCUUUGACUUGAUCUUGCUGUCCUAUGUUUGAACUGGUUUUUAAUGUUAGUAGUUGACUUCAGGUAGUUAUGAAGUCAAUUGUCCAAGGAAUUAACAGUAACAAAGAGACCAAAACUGAAGUGUGGUCUGGAUAAAUUGUAAAGUCUGGCUACAUUUUACGCCAGAAACUAUUCAUGCAAGUUCAUUUAACCCCCAUAACCCCCAACCUCACCCGCACACACACAUUUUAACUAAAAUCUUAAUCCAGUUCUUCAUGUAAGAUUACUUGUCUCAGUCUUGCCAGUGUUGUAAAUUUUGUACAGAUUUUUUUUCUCUCUAAUUUAGUUUGAAUUUCUGCCCUUUGAAAUGGCCUCAGAUUCUGGAACAACUGUACAACCAGUACUUCUCUUCUCAAACUUUAACGAAGUAAAGGCGCUUGGACCAAGGGACUCGUGUCCACAAGCCUUUCAGAACACUGGAGAAAAUGGCCUUAAGCGCUACCAAAGGGCAACUAGAACCGGGACUAAAACCCAAAUGAACUCUUUGGACCCAAAGUGGAAAGGAUGCUAGACAGAGCAAAAGUGGAAUCUGCAAAACCUGAGAUGACGCGUUUUUGCACCUAGACCGUGAGCAAUAAUGUUCGGGACAGAAGAUGCGAGGGAAAUUAUGCAUUUAAAAAAAAAAAAAAAACUGAGUUGUAAUAUGUACUGAUUCUGAACAAUGUAAUUUGUCUGUUUUUGGGGGUUUGGAUUAGUUGGAGUGAACCAUUCAAUUUUAUUGUAAUUUAAAAAGACAAAAUCCUUCUCUUGGGUUGUUUUCAGUCCUUGAAUAUGGUUUGUUCCCUCACCUGAUCUUACAAAAAAAAAAAAAAUGAAUGAAAGGGCUUAAACAAGAAUGUAAUCAAGCAUAUCAUUAUUAGAUACUAAUUUUUUCUGAGGAAAGAAAUACAGUGUAUUAUUAC